CUAAACAUGAUAAAACAGCACGACGCAAAUUACAUUCUAUCUCUGUCUUCUUUCCUGUUAUACCAUUAAAAUCUUUGUGUUUCGAUUUUCUGCCACCUAUGGCAGCACGCGUCAUGUUGAUUACAUGUUAGGUUAGAAUAGGAAAAGUGGAGGUAACUGGCAGUCCGUACUCCGUAGUUAUAUAGUCUGAGGCUUUAACACGUGCUAAGUUGAAAGAACUCGGAUUCAAUUGGAUUCAAUCGAAUUUUACGUCGCGAGUAACAACAUUCGACAUGGACGAAGAAGUGAAAGAGUUCUCGCAAUUAAAACUGAAUUCUUGGCUCCUCGCACAAUGCGAGUCUAUGGGUGUAAAAAAGCCGACGCCGAUUCAGCAGAAUUGCAUCCCUCAAAUACUGUCGGGCAAAGAUUGCAUAGGCUGUGCCAAGACGGGCAGUGGCAAAACUCUGGCGUUUGUCCUGCCUAUCUUGCAAAAAUUGUGCGAGGAUCCGUACGGUAUAUUUGCCCUUGUGUUAACGCCGACAAGGGAAUUAGCUUUUCAGAUUGCUGAUCAAUUCGCCGCCAUUGGUAAGGCUAUCAACCUGAAAAAGUCUGUAAUUGUCGGUGGCAUGGAUAUGAUGGUGCAAGGAUUGGAAUUGUCAAGAAAGCCGCAUGUAGUUGUAGCUACGCCGGGUCGACUGGUGGAUCAUUUGGACAGUUGCAAUACGUUCUCCUUGCAGAGGAUCAAAUUUUUAGUGUUGGACGAAGCCGACAGGCUGCUCGGUGGCCAUUUCGAUGAACAGCUUAAGACAGUAUUUGCCGCGUUGCCCAAGGAGAAACAAGUACUGUUCUUCAGCGCUACGAUGACGGACGCGCUUGAAAAAGUGCAGCAAAUAGUUUCUGAUAAGGUUUUUACAUGGCAAGAGGAAGAUGACACCGGUAUCGCCACUGUAAGGGAAUUGGAUCAACGUUACGUGUUGUGCCCUAAGUAUGUGCUUGAUUCGUAUCUGGUAGAAGUAGUCAGGACAUUUCGCGCCACCAGCGAGGAUGGUUCUAUUAUGAUAUUCACGGACACUUGCAAACAAUGUCAAUUAUUAUCAAUGACGUUGAAUGAUGUUGGAUUUACGAAUGUGGCUCUUCACGCGAUGAUUAAGCAAAAGGAUCGUUUAGCAGCGCUAAAUAAGUUCAAGUCGAACCACGUGCAGAUCUUAAUUGCGACCAAUGUCGCGGCGAGAGGCCUGGAUAUUCCCAUAGUAGAAUUGGUCAUUAAUCAUACAGUGCCGAAUGAACCGAAGGAGUACAUUCACAGAGUCGGUAGAACGGCUCGCGCAGGUAAAACCGGUAUGGCAAUAAGCCUGGUAACUCCACACGAUAUCAAAUUAUUGCACGCGAUCGAACACGCCGUAGGCACUAAAUUGGAGAAAUAUGAAGUAAACGACAAGGAAAUCGUUACAAUCUUUACGCAAAUAUCGGUGGCAAAACGGGAAGCGGAGAUCAAAUUGGACGAGACUGAUUUUGACGAAAAGAAAAGGAUCAAUAAACGGAAAAAGUUAAUCAUGGAAGGAGGCGAACUACCGGAUGAGGUAGAUAUCAAAGCCGAGGAGAGAAAGAAACGUAAGAAGAGAAGCAGAGAAAAACGGAGGAAAGAAACGGAAAGUUGAAGUUUGUUGAAAUAAAAUAACUAAUAUAUGUAUGUAAUAAGACACCAAAUGUACAACAUACAAUUAUGCUUGUUGAUAUAACUCGUGAUACAAUGAUAAGUUAUACUUCUAUUUUUUUACUGUAUUUGUAAAACUCGUUGAAAAAAAGUUCAAGGUAACAAAA